AUGACGGACCCAGACCUCAACAAUAAGCUCGAUAGACUACUCACUCUAUUGGAAGCUCAGCUAGAGCUUACUAGGCAGGGUCAUCGAGAGGAACGACUACAACGAGCUCAGCUGGGUAGGGAGGAGACAAUGGACCUCUCUCACUCAGAAGACCAAGCAGGAGGAGGAGAUGAGUCUAUGAUAGGAGACCCACAUACUCCUACUCCGGCUCCACGACCAAGACGAUCAGUCUCAUUCAACCUGGAUGAGCAGGAGGACAUCAACUAUGAGAAGUAUGCUUCACCUACUGGGCCAAGAUAUGUCAAGACUAAGCUGGACCCCUACAGCAGGACUAGGACGGACCCUUACCCCCUGGACCAUGAGGAGGAUACCAGCAUCAUGGCAGAGCUUAACCGGUCAAAGCCCAUCGCCACCCCCUUUCCAAAGUUCAAUCCCCGAGACAUGGAGAUCUUCAUUCUAGAAGCCGAAGCAUGGUUUAAGUUCAACCAGGUGUAUGAGCAGUCUAGGAUGAUCAAUCACAUGGGUGCUCAACUGGAAGGGACAGCAAGAGAGUGGUGGACCUCCAAGCUCCGUAUUGAUAGAGCUAGAGAAGGAAGGUUGUUCAAUGAUUGGCACUACUUCACAGAGCGACUGUCAGAGCAGUUCAACCCACGCAAUGCUAGGAUGGAGGCAUACAACAAGCUGUUGGCUCUCAGACUCACAAGUGAUGCUCCUGGUGCUGCCACACGUCAUGUAGAGCGGUUCAGAGACUUGGAAGGACAGGUCAACCUAGAUGACAAUGAGCUAGUGAUUGAUCUCUUCAGAGGUAGUCUCACUCGUAGCAUACAGGAGAAGUUCGAGAGGAAUCCACCUGGGAAGAGAUGGGAGUGGUAUCGAGAGGUUGAGGAGAUCGAUCGACAGAGGAUGCUACUACAGCAGGUAGACCCUCUUAGCUCUCGACCCAUGGGACCAAAGGUUAUGGUCACCACAGCAGACCCCUUCGAGGAGGCCACCGACUCAGGAGAUGGCCACACAGGCAGCACUGAGAUGGGUGACCCCGAGGCCAUGGACCUCAGCUCAUACCAGCAACCCAUGGACCCCGAUCACGAGGAGGAGCACGAUGAUGAUGACGACGAGGGAAACGUCAGCAAAGCAGUACUGGAGCUCUCUGGAAUGGUUCAAGACCAUCCUGCUCGGAUACUAGCUGAUACCGGUGCUGGUUUGUCCAUAGUCUCAGAUUCUUUCAUUAGUAAGUACCAAAUACCCACAAAACCCAUAAAAACAAGAUCGAUCCAUGGUGUCACUGGGCACCAACUCUCCAUCAAUAGUUCUGCGAGCAUGCAGGUAUCUAUUGGUACACACAAUCUGGGUGUGGUCGAAGCUUCAGUGGCCGACACUGCAGACUAUGACCUCAUCCUGGGGUUCACUGAGCUACGGAGGCUCAAACCCACCAUACAAUGGGAUACGGGCCAGCUGGAGUUCAAGACUCAGGAGCAGGACCGACCCCCUAGGAGACCCCCUGAAGCAGCAAGAGCAGGGGACCUAACCAUGAGGAGACCAACCCUCCAUGGUAACGAGUUUGUCUCAGCAGAGCGCAUACUACGAGCAGCUCUGGAAGAUGGACCCAUAGGGUUCAUGCUGUUAGAGGAGCCACCAUCAUCACUUCCGGCCUUUGGUUUUGUACCUACAGGCGCAGACAAAGGAGUCGAGAUGGAGGUGGAGGUAGAUAAGGUGGUGACGGCUGCAGACAUACCAAAGCCAUACCAACACCUGCAAGAUGUGUUUGAUGAGGUGGAAGCAGACAAGCUGCCCCAUCAUACCGAGCAUGAUCUCCACCUCGAGUUGAUAGAAGGAGGGAAGCCACCUCAAGGGCCCCUAUACCUUAAGGGACCCAAGGAGAUGUCCGAGUUGAGGAGAUACUUGGAUGAGAACCUCGAGAAGGGAGGUCUCAACGAGAUCACUGUCAAGAACAGGGCACCAUUGCCCCUCAUCGAGGAGCAGCUGUUCUUACUCAGGAAGGCAAGGAUCUAUACCAAGCUGGACCUUAGAGCAGCAUACAACCUCAUCCGGAUUGCUAAAGGAGAUGAAUGGAAGACAGCUUUUGGCACUCAGUUGGGACUCUAUGAGUACCUAGUGAUGCCCUUUGGCCUAGCCAAUGCUCCGGCUCACUUCCAGUCAUUCAUCAAUGACAUCUUCCGAGACAUCAUUGGAGUAUAUGUAGUGGUAUACUUAGAUGACUUCCUGAUCUUCAGUGACACUGAAGAGGUACAUGUGAAGCAUGUCACCGAGGUCCUCACUCGCUUAAGGAGCAACAGGCUCUUUGCUAAGCUGUCGAAGUGUGAGUUCCACACCAAGACAGUCGAGUUCCUGGGGUACAUCAUCAAGCCAACGGGCAUAGAGAUGGAUCCAGAAAAGGUGCGCACUGUCAAGGAGUGGCCAAUGCCAGAGUCAAUCCAUGACAUCCAGAGGUUCCUGGGUUUUGCCAACUUCUAUCGAAGGUUCAUAGCCCACUUUGCUCGCAUAGCCAAGCCCUUGACAGCACUGGUAAAGCCUAUAGAACGGUUCAAGAAGUUCGAGCUACCAGAGGAGGCCCAACAGGCCUUCCACAAGCUCAUCCAGGCCUUCACAUCAGCAGGAGUGCUUCAGCACUUCGACUACCACCUUCCAACAAGGUUGGAGACUGAUGCAAGUGACUUUGCUAUAGCAGGAGUGCUCAAGCAGGAGCAUGAAGGACGAUGGCAUCCAGUGGCCUUCUACUCUAGGAAGAUGUCUUCUGCCGAGAAGAACUAUGAGAUCCAUGAUAAGGAGCUCCUAGCUGUGGUCGCCUGCCUCACUCAGUGGCGACACAUGCUAGCUGGACUACCGAACCAACUGGUCAUCCUCACUGACCAUGAAGCCCUCAAGUACUUCAAGUCACAGAGACGCAUCACAGGUCGACAGGCUCGAUGGGCCAUACUACUAGCAGACUUCGACUUCAUAUUGCAGUAUCGACCAGGAGACAAAGGUGGUGAACCCGAUGCUCUCACCAGAAGGACAGACAUGCAACCAGCUGGUGAAGAGCAGGAUCACAAUGUGAGGCAACUACUGCCUCCUCGAGUGUUCAAGGAGACAGCAGACCAUGACUCGCUCCUAGUGGCCCCCAUGAUCUCGAUGGAGUCCAUAGCAUCAAAAGGUCUCAAAGACCUGGUCAAGAUCUUCCAGCCUUUAGACCAAGAGCUACAGGAGAUACAUAGGAAGAAGCCUUUCGAACUCAAGGAUGACCUAUGGUACAGUGGAGGAAGGUUGGUUAUCCCCAAGGUGAUCAUGCCAGGGAGGACCAACAACCGACACUCAAGGAGUGCCAAAGAGGUAGAUGGACAGUCUCUCUCUGUAGAGCAUCUGCGAUUCAUGGUGAUGACCCAAUGUCAUGAUGGUAUCACUGCUGGACACGUAGGAAGAGAUGCUACCAUCAAGGCAGCUCAACGACAUUACUGGUGGCCAAACAUGACAGCUUGGAUUGCAGACUAUGUAGCAAGUUGUCCUGUAUGUGCUAGGUACAAAGCUCCUCGUCAUCGUCCAUAUGGUUUGCUACAGCCACUAGCAACCCCAGACAGGCCCUGGGGCUCCAUAUCCCUCGACUUCAUUGAAGGACUACCACCAUCAAAGAAGUAUGACUCCAAGACCUAUGACUCUAUCCUAGUCAUCGUCGACAGGUUAACCAAGUUUGUCAUACUAGCUCCAACCCAUAAGACAGUCACGGCCAAACAGACUGCAGUAUUGCUAUAUGGACACAUGGUUAGACUCUUUGGAUAUCCAGAUCACAUGGUCUCGGACCGAGGCAGGCAGUUCAUAUCAGGAGCAUGGAAGGCAUUUGCAGAGCAAAUGGGUGUGAAGCACUCACUUAGCACGGCUUACCAUCCUCAAACUGAUGGUCAGACAGAGAGAGUCAAUCAGGUCAUAGAGCAAUAUCUCAGGAUGUACUGCAACUAUGAGCAGAAUGACUGGGCCAACCUGCUGGACACUGCGGCCUUUGUAUACAACAACACGGUCCACAACAGCAUUGGUGUCUCACCAUUCUUUGCAUGCUAUGGAUGGAACCCCAAAGCUCAUCCUGACAUCCCUCAACGACUAGGAGUCAAUGAUCCAGGUCGCUUCGAGUACCUCAUGGAUGGAAAGGAGCGUUGCAAGUACCUCCAGGAGCAGAUCAGAGAGGCACAACGUAGAUCAGUAGACCAGUAUAACAGGAAGCACAAGGACAUUGAGUUUAAGGUGGGUGAUAUGGUCUAUAUCAACCGCCGAAACUGGAAGACACGGAGACCCACACCCAAGUUGGAUACCCGGUUUGCAGGACCCUACCCAGUUCAGGAACGGGUAGGACGCCGAGCUUACCGAAUCACAUUGCCAGCAAACCUUAGGGUGCAUGAUGUGUUCCAUGUCUCCAUGCUCGAGCCAGCAAGAACAAGUUCUCUUCCUCAACGUGCUGAACAGCCCACCAUGCCACCACUUCCAGAUGAGGACCUCGACUUCGAAGUCGAAGCACUCAUCGACAAGCGUUCACACAAUGGGACUACAGAGUACAAGGUGUUGUGGAGAGGGUACUCAGAAGAAGCUGCUUCAUGGGAACCAGUAGAGAACCUCAACUGUCCCGACCUCAUCCAGGAGUAUGAGGUGUCGGAGGGGGGACAAGUGAGUAGACAAAGUAGGGAAAGGAGGAGAGAACAGGAGGAGUAG